CUGCGGCCAGGAAGUCCGGCGCGGUGUCCGGUGGCAUUGCUCCCCUCGCUCACUCGGCCCGACACUUCUCGUUCCGCCUGCCUGCCGGUGGCUCCGCGUGCCCGGUCUGCUCUCCGAUGCCUCCCCGGAUCUCUUAGUCUGAACCCGGGCGUGUUUGCACUGCUGGAGGCACACUAAAAGAAAAAAAAAACCCUCUAAGAAUGAAACAUGACUGACGACUCUCAGAGGAACUUUCGUUCAGUCUACUAUGAGAAAGUCGGGUUUCGAGGAGUUGAAGAAAAGAAAUCACUGGAAAUUCUCCUGAAAGAUGACCGUUUGGACAUCGAGAAGCUUUGCACGUUUAGCCAGAGGUUCCCUCUCCCAUCCAUGUACCGUGCUUUGGUAUGGAAGGUGCUUCUAGGGAUCUUGCCUCCACACCACGACUCUCAUGCUCAGGUGAUGGCCUAUCGCAAAGAUCAGUACUCCGAUGUUCUUCAUGCCCUCACAGUAGUUCGCUUCAUCAGUGACGCCACCCCUCAGGCUGAAGUGUAUCUUCGCAUGUACCAGCUUGAGUCUGGGAAGCUGCCUCGAAGUCCCUUUUUUCCGCUGGAGCCAGAGGAUGAAGUCUUUCUUGCCAUUGCUAAAGCCAUGGAAGAGAUGGUGGAAGAUAGCGUUGGCUGUUACUGGAUCACUCGAUGCUUCGUGAAACAGUUAAAUCACAAGUACCGGGAUUCUUUACCUCAGCUGCCCAAGGCUUUUGAACAGUAUUUGAAUCUGGAGGACAGUAGGCUGCUGAGUCACCUGAAGACGUGUUCUGCAGUGUCCACACUUCCUUACGGUCUCUGGUUCAAAAGGUGCUUCGCAGGAUGCCUGCCCGAGUCCAGUUUACAGAGGGUCUGGGAUAAAGUUAUAAGCGGAUCCUGUAAGAUCCUAGUUUUUGUAGCGGUAGAAAUAUUAUUGACCUUUAAGAUAAAGGUCAUGGCACUAAACAGUGCAGAGAAGAUAACAAAGUUUCUGGAAAAUAUUCCUCAGGACAGCUCAGACGCCAUUGUGAGCAAGGCCAUCGACUUGUGGCACAAACACUGUGGGACCCCGGUGCAUUCCUCCUGACAGCCCAUGACUUCAUGGGCAGUCUGCAGGCCCUCCCUGAGCACUUCGUCCAUGUCACUUGGUCUACU